CGCUCCGGAGCGACGCACGUUUCGUAACCAGCUGUUCUCGAACGGUGCGCGUCCUUGGCUCCGUUAACGCGUGUUUCAACACUAGGAGACGUGCUUUCUUCACAGACGUCUCCCGAGUCGUCUUCCGAGAAAGAGAGAGAGAUCAGGGAAGCAGCACCUCGCGAGAAAACCUCCGUCGUCUCGCCCGCCCCCUCGUCAACGACCCAACAUGCUCACGACCGCCGUGAGGACUGUCGCCCGCCGCUCGUUCUCCACGUCGAGAUGGACAGCGGCGCAGCAGAUGACCGUGCGGGACGCCCUCAACUCGGCCCUGGACGAGGAGAUGGAGAGGGACGAGAAGGUGUUUCUCCUCGGCGAAGAGGUGGCUCUUUACGAUGGCGCGUACAAGGUCUCCCGCGGCCUCUGGAAGAAGUACGGGGACAAGCGCGUCAUCGACACACCGAUCACGGAGGCUGGUUUCACCGGCAUCGCCGUUGGGGCAGCUAUGGCCGGCCUGCGACCAGUCUGCGAAUUCAUGACGUUCAACUUCUCGAUGCAAGCGAUCGAUCACGUCAUCAACUCCGCCGCCAAGACGUUCUACAUGUCCGCGGGUAGAGUCAACGUGCCGAUCGUGUUCCGCGGUCCUAACGGUGCCGCCGCGGGUGUAGGGGCGCAACACUCGCAGUGCUUCGGCGCCUGGUACAGCCAUUGUCCCGGCCUAAAGGUGGUGUCGCCCUACAACAGCGAGGACGCCAAGGGUUUGCUCAAAGCUGCCAUUCGGGAUCCCGAUCCGGUGGUGGUGCUGGAAAACGAGAUACUGUACGGCGUACAGUACCCCAUGUCCGACGAGGCCUUGACCAAGGACUUUGUUCUACCCAUUGGCAAAGCUAAGAUAGAACGGGUGGGCAAUCACGUGACGUUGGUGGCACAUUCCAAGGCUGUCGAGGAGGCCCUCGAGGCGGCCAACGAGCUCGCCGGGAAGGGGAUCGAGGCCGAGGUGAUUAAUCUACGUUCUCUCAGGCCGCUGGACAUGGACACUAUCGUGCAGUCUGUGGUGAAGACGAAACACCUGCUGACGGUCGAGCAGGGCUGGCCGCAGUGCGGCAUCGGCGCAGAGGUCAGCGCGAGAAUCGCCGAGAGCGAAGCCUUUUAUCAUCUUGACGCACCUGUGAUUCGCAUCACGGGAGUCGACACGCCUAUGCCGUACACGAAAUCGCUGGAGAUCGCGGCCUUACCACAGAUCAGAGACAUAGUGAGUGCCGUUAACAAAUUGUUAGGCGUCACGCAGUAGUCAAUUAUACCGAAAGUACUUAGGUGAAAACGAUAUUUCUACGGUUUUCCUGGCACACGCCAGUUUUCCUAUUCCCAUCAACGUAUCUACCCGGUGCAGCAUGCCUCGUCCAAGUAUCGACGAACAAUAGUAGAGUAGACGCAGAGGAAUAACUAAAGUGACACCAAGUACAAAAUCUCCGUUCAGUAAAAAAUAAUAAUACUCUACCGCCGCUGGGUAGAAUAUUUUGGAAACAUUUCCUUAUAAGUUUGAUUCGCGUAAAGUUCUUUAGGCGGAAAGUACGUUUCGAGCGAAAGGAUGUUUGUGCAUUUCGUUACAAUGUACAAGCGAGGUCUAAGCAAAUGUGCUUCUUCAAACUAGCGCGCAAACAUGGUGCGAUGUGUAUUCUGUACAUAUAUACAAUAAAUAUACACGAUAUUAAUAAUGUUACUAGACGACGUGAUAAUAAAUGUAAAUAUAUAUUUUAAUAGUUAGCUAUAUUUUAUUUAAAACUCCCGAUUGCUAUAGUUGCCAGUGCAAGUUGAAAAAAAGAUCCAAUUCAUUUCGUUAAUAUUUAUAUUGGAUUUAAAUAAAUGAAAAUGAACUUCCAAUUGAAUAAUUAUGAAGCUAACAAAUAUACCGAGCUGUACUGCCGCGUCUACAGAAACUGCCUUUCACUUUGUAGAAUUUCACAUCGCGCGCUACAAUUAGAAAAUAUAUCAGUAACUUAUAAGAAAAUGUUGAUAGUGCCAAUAUGCGUUGUCGCACAUAUUUAUAUAUACUUAGCUGCACAAUUACAGGCGGCACGCAAGGUGCUGCAUCUGUCUACUAUUUAUUACAGAAAAUUAAUAAAUACUGUAAUGUACAAAU